AAUUAGAACUGAAAGUAAAAGUUCACCGAAAUGCGCAGUUCUAACUUUUAACAUAAAUGCGAGAUCAUUUCUUGUGAAGUAACGGUGAUGGAGAUGCAUGUUUGUGUUUUAAUUGUUUUUCUCCUGGGCUUUGGAGUUGAUUUUACUACUCAAAUCAAAAAAAUUGAGCCCGAAUUGAGCGAAAAGAAAUGCUAUAUUAAAGAGAUUGAAUCUUUUUACCGGAAUGGCUGCUUUGGAGUAGAAGAGGAUGGACACAUGGUUAGACAUCAAGGGUGGUGUAUUGUGGGAGAUGAUCAGAGGCUCACAUGUGUACACGGCCAUUGGUCUGGGACUGACAGUUCCGUUGAAUUGUUACAAAGGAAUAAGCGGUUUUGGUCAGUUAUCGGUGGGGCAAUAGUAACUUGCAUAAUAUUUUGUGGCAAAAGAAGCGGAGGCCGAACACCUAUCAAAUACCGGCCUUCAUUUCCUAGACCAUGCACACCAAAGGACAUCAAGGGUAACUAUAAUGUUGGUGCUGGCGAGAACAGUGUUGUUGUUAGAUGGACCGUACCGUCAGCCACGGAUAGAAACGGAGGAACUCCAAGAGUGAUACAAGUUGAUGGUGGUAUAAAUGGUGGUCGGUUUCAUGGAACUACCUAUGGAAAGGUCCAUCAUAUCAAAUAUAAAGCUACAGAUUCAGACGGCAUGUCUACAUAUUGUGACUUUUCAUUCUCGGUCACUGUGCUGACCUGUAAUCUCCUACCAUGGCCUGCUAAUGGCGCCAGAAAGUGUGACAAUAGCAAUAUUCUUGGAAGCACGUGUCACUAUACAUGCAACAAUGGAUACAAACUGACCGGAACUAGUAAAGUUACGUGUGAAAAUGCUGUGUCGCCAUCAUGGUCUGCCAUCCCAACUUGUGACAAAAUGACUUGCAGUGAACCGAAAUACCCAUCACAUUCUACAGUCAUGUGUUCGGACUCUAACUACGGCUAUCAAUCAAUUUGUAUAUUCAAGUGUGAUAGUGGAUACGCGUUGAAAGGGGCCAGACAUAUUCAGUGCCAGGCAGACGGAAAAUGGUCGAACUAUGAAGCCUCAUCAUGUAUCGAUGACACUCCGCCGACCAUCUCCUGUGUAACUCCGCAGAUAUUUUAUGCUGACCGAGGUGUUACAAUGGGACAAUGGGAUCAGUUCUAG